AUGGCAGGACCCAAUGCUUCCCAGCAGAACAUUGCCCAAGCAUCACACUGCUCCGCUGGCUUGCCUAUUGGUCUUGGGGCUAGUGUCACUGAUGUCCAAGCCAGACUGGUUCACAACCAUGUUAGUAGCAUCUGCAGCACAUGGGGCAGAGAGCACUUCAAGACGUUUGAUGGUGACAUGUACCACUUCCCUGGUAUGUGUGAAUACGUCCUGGCCUCAGACUGCCACGAGUCCUACCGGGAGUUCUCAGUGCACAUGAAGAGGACAGAGAAUGACGGGAACUCUGCAGUCAGUUAUGUGGUGGUCACAAUCAAUGACCUUUCAUUCAAGCUCACUAAGAACCUGGUCAUUGUGAAUGAAGUGCCUGUCAAAAUGCCAUACUACAAUGCAGGGGUACAAGUGGAAAAAAAUGCUGUUUACAUCAAGCUCCAAUCCAAAGUCGGCAUCACUGUCAUGUGGAACAGAGAUGAUGCAGUCAUGGUGGAACUGGAUCCUGACUAUACUAAUCGUACUUGUGGACUCUGUGGAGACUUCAAUGGUGUUUCUGUCUACAAUGAGUUUAUUUAUGAGGGGCGCAAACUUAGCCCAGUUGAGUUUGGCAACAAACACAGAGUCCAUCGCCCAAAUGAUGAAUGUGAGGACCCUUAUGAAGAGGUUGAUGAAUCACUGGAGGGUGGGGAAAUACUGGAUUCAUGCAAGGAGUUUCAAACCAUCUGUGAACAGAUGCUGCAUUCAGAGUCCUGGAGCUCCUGCACCAAACUAAUUGAUCCUGAACCUUACAUCCAGGCCUGUGUGCAGGAUAUGUGCGGCUGCUCCAACAGCACAAAGGACCACUGUGUCUGCAGCACACUCUCUGAAUUCUCUCGACAGUGUUCCCAUGCCGGAGGACAGCCACCCAACUGGAGGACGCCUGAGUUCUGCGCUAUGCAGUGUCCAUUCAACAUGGUUUAUGAGGAGAGCGGCUCCCCUUGCAUGGAUACUUGCACACACCUGGAUACAAGUUCACUGUGUGAGGACCACAAAAUGGAUGGCUGCUUCUGUCCUCCUGGAACUGUGUUUGAUGAUAUUUCGCCAAGAGGGUGCAUUACUCAGGCUGAAUGUCAGUGUAAACAUGACAAAAUUUAUAACUCCGGUGAGAUUUACCGACAGGACAGAGCUGAAUGUACAUGUUUAGAGGGUAGAUGGGCUUGUAAGAGCCUCCAGAUGCCUGCUACAUGUGCAGUUGAAGAGGGUUCACAUGUAACUACCUUUGAUGGGAAAACCUACACCUUCCAUGGAGACUGUUAUUACACUCUAGCCAAAGAUGAUGCAAGCCCAAAGUUUACCAUCCUUGUCCAAUUGGUGCCAUGUACAAAUCAAGAGUAUGACACUUGUCUUAAGUCCCUUAAGAUCCUGCUCAACAAUGACAGGAACAAUGUGUUAAUGUUCACUUCAGAUGGCACAGUGAAGCAGAAUAUGCAGACCAUCAGUUUGCCAUACCAGUCAGGUGACAUCAACAUAUUCCAUGCUUCAUCCUUCCAUAUCAUGCUCCAAACUAGUUUUGGGUUGCAAAUUCAGAUCCAGCAUGUACCUGUCAUGCAAGUCUAUGUCAGCCUGGAACAGAGCUACAGAGCGAAGACACGUGGUUUAUGUGGGAACUAUAACAUGGUCCUGUCUGAUGACAUGAAGACACCACAGGGGAUUGUGGAGGGAACAGCAGCAACAUUUUGUAAUUCCUGGAAGACUAAUCUUGUGUGCAAGGACAAAGAGGAACGACUUGAUGACCCCUGCUCCUUCAGUGUAGAAAAUGAGUGGUACGCCAAACACUGGUGUGCCUUGCUGCUGAGUCCAAAUAGUACCUUUUCACAGUGCCGUUCAGUGGUGGAUCCUGAAAUGUACUACAAGCGAUGUACUUACGCUAGCUGUAACUGUGAGAAGAGUGAGGCCUGUCUGUGCGCCGUCUUCUCCUCUUAUGCACGUGCAUGUGCAUCAAAUGGAGUAUUCCUGACAGGCUGGAGAGAGAAUGUGUGUGAUAAAUACACAGGGAGCUGCCCAGCCUCUCAGACCUUCUCUUACAAGACUCAGAGAUGCCAGCUGACUUGCAAAUCACUGGGCUCAAAGCAGCAGAGCUGCACCUCUGACUUCUUACCUGUGGAUGGCUGCUCCUGCCCCGAGGGUCUUUACCUAGAUGAAAACAGCAUCUGUGUCCCCAUGGCAAAAUGCUCCUGCUACUACAACGACAUCUACAUAAAGCCAGGAAAAUCCAUCAGCAUCAAAAAUGAGCACUGUGUGUGUACCAAUGGAAUGCUUCAUUGUCACUCUUGGAGAUCCCGCUCAGCAAUAUGCCCUUCUCCAAAAAUAUUUCUCAACUGUUCCACUGUGGGCACAAGAGAACUUGGAGCGCAGUGUGCUCGAACUUGUUUAAACCUGGACAGCAACGAUUGUGAGUCCACAGAGUGUGAAUCUGGCUGUCAGUGUCCUGAGGGUCUCGUUGAUGAUGGCAAAGGCUCUUGUGUGAAAGACACUGAAUGUCCAUGUCAGCAUAAUGGGCAUUUAUAUGCCCAUGGAACAAAAAUACCUCAUAAGUGCAACACCUGUACCUGCAACAGUGGAAAUUGGAAAUGUACAGAUAAAAAAUGUCCAGGCGAUUGCAUUAUUUAUGGGAGCGGUCACUACAGUACAUUUGAUCAGCAAACAUAUGUGUUUCAAGGAGAUUGUGCCUACAUUGCUGUCAAGAACAAAUGUGGAAAUAAAACAGAAAAGUUCGGCUUUGCAGUUAUCACAGAAAAUGUACCUUGUGGAUCUACAGGCACAACAUGCUCCAAAAUUGUCAGAAUCCAGCUGGGGAGAAAGGAACUGAGACUAGCAAAGGGUACAUAUGAAGUGCUGGACCUAGGACAAGGCGCUGACAUUGGCUACAGAAUAAGGAAUGUUAGCUUGUAUCUGGUGAUCGAGUCUACCAUUGGUCUGGCUGUGAUGUGGGAUCGCAAAACAACUGUUCGCAUCCUCCUGGAACCACAGCACAGCGGAGAGGUAUGCGGCCUGUGUGGAGAUUUUGAUGGUGAUGGCCAGAAUGACUUCACCACACAGGGUCAGCUGGUAGUCAGUAAUCCUAUAGAUUUUGCAAACAGCUGGAAAAUGUCCAGCGAAUGCCCAGAUGUGGAAAUGAAUGCUAAUCCUUGUGAAGCAACACCCAAGCGACAUCACUGGGCAACAAUGAUGUGUGGUAUUAUAACUGGAGUAACGUUCAAAAUCUGCCACCAUAAGGUAGACCCUAGUCCAUUUUUUGAAAACUGUGUGAAAGACUCAUGUGCCUGUGACACCGGGGGAGACUGUGAGUGUUUCUGCACAGCAGUUGCAGCCUACGCUCAAGCUUGUAAUGAGGCUGGUGUCUGUGUUGCAUGGAGAACUCCAGACAUCUGUCCUGUUUUUUGUGAUUAUUACAACAACCCUGAUGAAUGUAAAUGGCAUUACAAACCUUGCCACACACCUUGCUACCCAACCUGCAAUAAUCCAGAAGGAAUUUGUUACAACCCCAUACCUACUUUGGAAGGCUGUUACCCCAUAUGCCCACCUGAGACGCCCAUAUUUGAUGAGACCAGUCACAUGUGUGUGGAGAUAUGUAACACCACCACUACAACCACAACCCCAUCAACUACAACCCCAACGACCACGCCUACUACUACAACCGAGGGGCCAACCACGCACCCAUCAACUACAACCCCAACGACCACGCCUACUACUACAACCGAGGGGCCAACCACGCACCCAUCAACUACAACCCCAACGACCACGCCUACUACUACAACCGAGGGGCCAACCACGCACCCAUCAACUACAACCCCAACGACCACGCCUACUACUACAACCGAGGGGCCAACCACGCACCCAUCAACUACAACCCCAACGACCACGCCUACUACUACAACCGAGGGGCCAACCACGCACCCAUCAACUACAACCCCAACGACCACGCCUACUACUACAACCGAGGGGCCAACCACGCACCCAUCAACUACAACCCCAACGACCACGCCUACUACUACAACCGAGGGGCCAACCACGCACCCAUCAACUACAACCCCAACGACCACGCCUACUACUACAACCGAGGGGCCAACCACGCACCCAUCAACUACAACCCCAACGACCACGCCUACUACUACAACCGAGGGGCCAACCACGCACCCAUCAACUACAACCCCAACGACCACGCCUACUACUACAACCGAGGGGCCAACCACGCACCCAUCAACUACAACCCCAACGACCACGCCUACUACUACAACCGAGGGGCCAACCACGCACCCAUCAACUACAACCCCAACGACCACGCCUACUACUACAACCGAGGGGCCAACCACGCACCCAUCAACUACAACCCCAACGACCACGCCUACUACUACAACCGAGGGGCCAACCACGCACCCAUCAACUACAACCCCAACGACCACGCCUACUACUACAACCGAGGGGCCAACCACGCACCCAUCAACUACAACCCCAACGACCACGCCUACUACUACAACCGAGGGGCCAACCACGCACCCAUCAACUACAACCCCAACGACCACGCCUACUACUACAACCGAGGGGCCAACCACGCACCCAUCAACUACAACCCCAACGACCACGCCUACUACUACAACCGAGGGGCCAACCACGCACCCAUCAACUACAACCCCAACGACCACGCCUACUACUACAACCGAGGGGCCAACCACGCACCCAUCAACUACAACCCCAACGACCACGCCUACUACUACAACCGAGGGGCCAACCACGCACCCAUCAACUACAACCCCAACGACCACGCCUACUACUACAACCGAGGGGCCAACCACGCACCCAUCAACUACAACCCCAACGACCACGCCUACUACUACAACCGAGGGGCCAACCACGCACCCAUCAACUACAACCCCAACGACCACGCCUACUACUACAACCGAGGGGCCAACCACAACCACACAGUUUACGACCACAACGACCACGCCUACUACUACAACCGAGGGGCCAACCACAACCACACAGACUACGACCACAACAACCACGCCUACUACUACAACCGAGGGGCCAACCACGCACCCAUCAACUACAACCCCAACGACCACGCCUACUACUACAACCGAGGGGCCAACCACAACCACACACCUACAACCACACCGACCACAACUACUACUACAACCCUACUACAACCGAGGGGCCAACCACAACCACAACCACACAGUCUACAACCCCAACGACCACGCCUACUACUACAACCGAGGGGCCAACCACAACCACACAGCCUACGACCCCAACGACCACACCUACUACAACCAAAGAGCCAACCACAACUACACAGUCUACAACCCCACCGACCGCGACUACCACUACAACUGA